ACUGGUUAAUUCCUAGUUCUCUUCAUUUACGGAUUUUGACACUGUUAUGGCUUUUGAAUCAGUGUUUUGAUCCUGUUGUGGCCGUCUCCGUCUCCGUCGCCGCCGCUCGAACGGCUGUCAUCGUUGAAUAGCAAGAUUUAUAACAUUUCUUACCAUGAAGAAAGGUAUGAUGCGAUGGGGUGAUGAUGAUGAUGAAGACUCAUCUGAGGAAUCAUCAUCGUCCUCUGCUUCUGACUCAAAUGCGGAUAAUACAGAGAUUGGGAAGAAGAAGAAGAGAAAGAGCAAGAAAACAAUAGCGAGGUUUGCUAAGAAAGAUAAGAAAGCUUUUGACUAUGAGUCUCUGCAAGAGCAUGGUUACAAAGCUGUUGGUCUUCCAGAUAUUACUUUACCUGAGGAGAAAGCGGAUUGGUCAUGGGCUACGGGAAAGGAUAAACAAAGAGUAGAGGAAGUGAAAGAGAGUUAUGGAGAUCGAGAAGCUACAAGAGCUGCGGUUUCAGGUGGCGAGACGAUUGCGAAUGCGCAGCUGCGUAGUGAUAAGAAGAAUCUUUCUUUUUCACAGAAGGAGAAGAAGAAGAGAGAUUUGGGUCAAGCGAGUAGAGGGAAGAAUUACGUUGAAGAAGAGAAGAGGCAGUUGAGAGAGAGUGGUGUUUACUCUGGUUUUGAUUCCUGAAAAGUCUCAACUUUGAGGUAACAUCUUUGUACUUGAUAUGUAUGUGAAAAAACAAGAGCUUGUUUUUUACUUAUAGCCACUAGUUUAAAUGGAGAAUCAUCAAUACUCAGCUUAAAUUACUCUGGUUUUGAUUCCUUAAAGUCUGAUAUUUGAGGUAAUUCUUUGUAUUUGCUGAUAA